UCGUCUGCAUAGCAAUGAUAGGAGAGACCAUGUGAGGUUAUGACAGAGCCAAGUGACUUGGUGUAUAGCGAGAAUAGGAGAGGGCCUAGAACAUAUAGAACAUAGAACAUAUAACUGUGUGUCCUCAGGUUCCGUGGUGUCCAGACGGGGACAGACAGCCGAGUGGCAGAGCUCCUGAACCAGGUGAAGCUGAAGAGCUUUGAGACAGAGCGCUCUCAGAUGGUACAAGAGGAGACCGCCAGGAACCUGGAACAGUGUCAGAUGGAGACAGAGAAACACCAGAAGAAGCUAGAGGUCAUGACCAAGGAGUUGUACAGGCUUCAGGCGUCCUCAGAGAAGCAGAUAACGGAACUCCAGGCCCAGAAUGCUGAGCAGCAGGCCAGACUACAGACCUACGAGAAACUGGAGCAGGAGCUGGACGACGUCACCAUGCAGGCUGCUGAAAUUGAUAAUGAGGAGGAAGCAGAGAGAGUUCUGUUCUCCUACAGUUACGGUGCCAACGUUCCCACAACCGCCAAGAGACGACUCAGGCAGAGUGUCCAUCUGGCCCGUAGACUGUUGCAGCUGGAGAAACAGAACACACUGCUGAGGAGAGAUCUGGACAGAUCUCUGAGGAG